UAAAUAUCUAAACAGUUAAACCCCUCAACUAUUUUCUACUCUUGCAAAAUCCUUUGCAGCAAUAGCUAAACGAUAUGCUCGUCAGAUUCAGAGGCAAAGCAGGAGCUGUAUCUCAAUAUUUCUACUCAACAAGUGCAACCCCAGCUCCUGCCCCGACACAUUUCUUGGUGAAAUACCUGGUUAAUUCUCUAGGAUUCUCCAAAGAAGAAGCAACCUCUACAUCUUCCAAGGUAACUUCAUGGAAAACCUUAAAAAAUCCCGAUUUAGUCCUCAAUUUCUUGAAACAAUCCGGUUUGGACGAUACCCAGAUGAAAAAAUUAGUUUCUAGAGCACCCAAAUUGCUAUUCUAUGAUUUUCCCAAAACCCUAAAACCCAAAUUCGAGUGCCUUAUUGACCUCGGGCUAUCCGGGUCGGACCUGGUGAAUGUCAUCACUAAAGAUACAACAAUUGUUGAAAGAGGUUUAGUUACUCAUUUGAGACCUACUAUUGACUGUCUUAGGAGAACUUUGGGCACUAAUGAAAAUGUAGUUAAGGCUAUAAAGAGAACUCCGUGGUUGCUUUCUUUUGGUGCUUAUCAUAUUAUGGAGUCUAAUGUAUUGUUGUUGAGAAACUGUGGUGUUUCUGAUGUGAAAAUAAAAACACUUGUGCUUAGGAAUCCUAGGUACAUUACACAAAAGACUGAGUGGGUUAAGGAUUUAUUGCUUAGGGUGGAGAAGGAUUUUGGGCUUCCGCUUAACUCCCCUAUUUUUCCUUAUGGAUUUCAUACGUUAGCCUCGCAAAAGAAGUCUAGGUUGGAAAAGAAGAUUGAAAUUUUCAAGAGUUUUGGAUGGUCUGAUGAUGAUAUACUCGUGAUGUUCAGGAAAUUACCUUAUUGUGUAGCACUCUCAGAGGUUAAGAUUAAGAAAGCAUUGAAUAUGUACAUGAAGGAGCUCGGUUUUGAACCUGCUUACUUGUCUUCUCAUCCUUCAAUUUUGGUCUAUAGUUUGGAAAAAAGGGUGGUACCUCGGGUGCAAGUCUUGAAAAUUUUGGAUGAAAUGAAGGUUGAGAGGAGAAAGUUGGAUCUCUAUUAUGUUCUGAGCUUAACAGAGUCGAAGUUCAUUGAGUAUUUUGUGCUGCCCUACAAGGAUCAGAUACCUGAAUUGUAUGAAUCACACAACAAAACUGUGGCUCCUUAAAAUUUUCAGUUGUAGUGCAAUACAAUUUUUGCUUUUCUUUUUUCAGUUUGUAUUCUGAAAAAUAUAGUCAGUGUUUCCAAAAAUCAUUUCUGUCCUGAUAAAGCAAAAAUAUCAUGCCUUAUUGUUUGUCAUU